AGCUUUCUGGGGCAGCGAGCGGCGGGGCCGGGAGCCCAGCGAGCGGGGCGUGGAGAGCGUCGCGCGGCCCCUCGCGCCGGGCUCCGUUUGCAGGCCACAGCCCCCGCGAGGUGGCCCGCCCGUCCUCUGGCAGCUGUGGGGCGCGCAGCGUCGGGCCGCUGGGUGGCAGCGGCAUGAAGGUCACGUCGCUCGACGGGCGCCAGCUGCGCAAGAUGCUCCGCAAGGAGGCGGAGGCGCGCUGCGUGGUGCUCGACUGCCGGCCCUACCUGGCCUUCGCCGCGUCGAGCGUGCGCGGCUCGCUCAACGUCAACCUCAACUCGGUGGUGCUGCGGCGGGCCCGGGGCGGCGCGGUGUCGGCGCGCUACGUGCUGCCCGACGAGGCGGCCCGCGCUCGGCUGCUGCAGGAGGGCGGCGGCGGUGUGGCGGCGGUGGUCGUGCUGGACCAGGGUAGCCGCCACUGGCAGAAGCUGCGGGAGGAGAGCGCCGCGCGCGUCGUGCUCACCUCGCUGCUGGCCUGCCUGCCCGCCGGCCCGCGGGUCUACUUCCUUAAAGGGGGGUAUGAGACCUUCUACUCACAGUAUCCUGAGUGCUGUGUGGAUGUGAAGCCCACCUCACAAGAGAAGAUCGAAGGCGAGAGAAGCCUCCUCAGCCAGUGUGGAAAGCCCGUUCUCAGCGUCGCCUACAGACCAGCCUAUGACCAGGGUGGCCCGGUUGAAAUCCUUCCCUUCCUCUACCUUGGAAGUGCCUACCACGCAUCCAAGUGCGAGUUCCUCGCCAACCUGCACAUCACAGCCCUGCUGAAUGUUUCCCGCCGGACCUCCGAGGCCUGCACCACCCACCUACACUACAAGUGGAUCCCCGUGGAGGACAGCCACACUGCUGACAUUAGCUCCCACUUUCAAGAAGCAAUAGAUUUUAUUGACUGUGUCAGGGAAGAAGGAGGCAAGGUCCUGGUCCACUGCGAAGCUGGGGUUUCCCGGUCGCCCACCAUCUGCAUGGCUUACCUCAUGAAGACCAAGCAGUUCCGGCUGAAGGAGGCCUUCGAUUACGUCAAGCAGAGGAGGAGCGUGGUCUCUCCCAACUUUGGCUUCAUGGGACAGCUCCUUCAGUAUGAAUCUGAGAUCCUGCCCUCCACACCCACCCUCCAGCCGCCCUCCUGCCAAGGGGAGGCAGCCAGCUCCACGUUUAUAGGCCAUUUACAGACACUGAGCCCUGAUAUGCAGGGCACCUACUGCACAUUCCGUACCUCAGUGCUGGCACCGGUGCCCACCCACUCCACAGUCCCAGAGCUCCACAGGAGCCCCGUGGCCACAGCCACAUCCUGCUGAGACCGUGGUCGGUGGCUACCAGCGAGUCCCCAAGAGCAACUGUGAUUUUUGUUUUGUUUUGUUUUGUUUUAAAACUUGUGGACAUUUCAUACCCAUGCAAUACUGAAGACUGCUGCCCGCUGCCCCAGUGAGAUGCUGAGUGGUCAGCAAGGCUUGCAGAUGCACUUCAGACCAUCCCCAAGGAUGGGCUCUCGGGACUGUAUGGAAGGCCAAGCCAUGCCCCAAGCACAGUACGUGCUGACUGCUGUACUUCCGGAACCCCUGCCCACUCAGGACCACCUAGUCCUUGCACCUCAAAAGUUCGCCUUUUCAUUUCAAGCAUAAGGCAAUAAAUAAAUCCUUGCAGCAAAGUGAGAGCGAGCUUCGCUGGACCAGGACGGGAGAAGCCAAUUCACCUAGGAGGAAGCACAAUUUUCACUGUUUUUUUGAACUUCGGUAAACCUUGUCUGUCUCUGUCGCUUCAGGGAAGAGAACUGGUCACCGCCCA